UCGAAAGAACUUGGCAAGCUGCAGAGGCUUCGUUGCCAAGUUUGUUACAGACUUCCUUGACUCGUUCAUCGGAGCGGGGGUGGGACACGACACUAGGUUCUAUGAAGGCCAGAGAUGUCACCUCUGAACCUUCCUUCCAUAUUUCAGGCAUUAUACAAUUUACAACCACUAUUGAGCCGGAAAUUUCUGUUGCUAAGCAAGGCAGUUGUUAAUUCCUCUGCAGAGACGGCCUAUCCAACUAAACUAGAGUGAAUGGCAUAACCAGGGAAGCCUCGAGAGUGCCUGCCGCUUACCAAGCAACCUCACGCGAGGACCUGUUCAGGAUUGACCGCCUCAGCCAGAUGUUCGAUCCAGCUGAAGACUGGGAAGUCUCUUAAGAAAAGAGGCUGGCUGACCACGGAUGAGGCCUAUCCAGACUUGGGACAAAAUGGCUGCCAAGGAGGGGACCCAGUCAAGCUUCGGUCUCCGUUUUCAUGCCGAACUGGAGCAAGGAAUGCACCAGCGGAUUAAGAUGGAGGAGGAAGAGCCGCCGGGUUCCACGUCUGGAGAAGGCUUGGAGGAAGCGCCUCCUCACCUCCUGCAGGCUGGAAGCUUCCGGGAGUUCUGGCAAAGACCAUCUGGAGACCAGGAAGGCGGAGAUGGACUCCUCCAGCGGUGGGAAGCCCAGUGGCAGGAGUUUCUGCAGAAACUGGAGUACCCUCACUCAGAAUGGGAGGCCCCCCAGUUGCUGGAGGAGCCCAGCCCCUGGGAUAACACCAAGGCCUUCCUGGCAUCUUUUGAACAAGUGGCCCAGGCCUGCCAGUGGCCCAGAGAAGACUGGAUGGCCCGUCUCUUGCCUGCCCUGAGCGGGGAAGCAGAGCAGAUCUUCAGCAAUCUAGACACUAGAGACCGGGUGGACUACGACAAGGUGAAAGCGGCAGUCUUGAGAGGAGACGCCAUUGCCCGGGAGCGCCAGCGACAGAACUUCCGCCGCUUCUGCUACCAGGAGGCGGAAGGCCCGAGGGGUGUCUACAGCCAGCUCCAGAAACUUUGUCAUCGGUGGUUGAAAGUGGAGAGACACUCCAAGGAGCAGAUUUUGGAGCUGUUGAUCCUGGAGCAGUUCCUGGCCAUCCUGCCCCAAGAGAUGCAAAGUUGGGUCCGGGAACACGGUCCGGAGACGUGCUCCCAGGCGGUUGCUCUGGCCGAGGAUUUCCUGCAAAGGCAACCCGCCGAGGCGGGUUGGGAAGAAGAGGAGCUGGGACCCAUUGAAGAGAUUUCGCUGGACUUCUCCGAGGGAGAAGACUCGCCAUCGUACGAGGCCGAUGGGGAUGUUCAAGAGAGAGAUGUUGAUUCCUUGGGAUGGUCAUGCAUGAAUGAGAAGAUGGCCCAUGGCGAAAGUUUUGACCAAGUUUUCAACAGGACCCUGAAACGGGGGAGACUGGAAAACAAAGUUUCGCACUUCGGGGAGGAGGACGACGACGUUCUGCAGGGCUGGUACCGAGCCGAGAGGAAGAAAGCAAGUAGCCUGCAAGACAGGGAGGAAUCCAGCUCUCCCCCGUGGGAGGGCGAGGAAUUGCUGGACGGUCCCAGGGAUGACGAGCAAUUCCACGAAGGAAAAGACGCCUAUCUGGCGGGUGGGUGGAGCUUCAGGCAGAGAGCCGACCUGAUUAAACACGAGAAAAACGAUCUUUACAAAUUCUCUGACGAUGGGAGGAGCUUCAAAGCGGUUUCCCGAUGGUCAUGCAUGAAUGAGAAGAUGGCCCAUGGCGAAAGUUUUGACCAAGUUUUCAACAGGACCCUGAAACGGGGGAGACUGGAAAACAAAGUUUCGCACUUCGGGGAGGAGGACGACGACGUUCUGCAGGGCUGGUACCGAGCCGAGAGGAAGAAAGCAAGUAGCCUGCAAGACAGGGAGGAAUCCAGCUCUCCCCCGUGGGAGGGCGAGGAAUUGCUGGACGGUCCCAGGGAUGACGAGCAAUUCCACGAAGGAAAAGACGCCUAUCUGGCGGGUGGGUGGAGCUUCAGGCAGAGAGCCGACCUGAUUAAACACGAGAAAAACGAUCUUUACAAAUUCUCUGACGAUGGGAGGAGCUUCAAAGCGGUUUCCCCGUGCGUUUCCAGCAACGAGAACGACGACGAGAAGAAGCCCCACCAAUGCCCCGAGUGUGGCAAGUCCUUUAUUGCCAAAGCCCACCUGAUCAUCCAUCAGCGGAUCCACACCGGAGAGAGACCCUUUAAAUGCCUGUCCUGUGGGAAGACCUUCACCCAGCGCUCGAACCUCACAGUCCAUCAGCGCAUUCACACGGGCGUCAAACCCUUCCAGUGCUUGGACUGCGGGAAAAGUUUCUGCUCCAGCACCAACCUCAGCAAACACCAGAGCGUCCACGUGAAAGGGGCCCCUUACAAAUGCUUAGCCUGCGGGAAAAGCUUCAAGAUCCACGCCCAUUUUAUCGCCCACAAAAGGAUCCACGCCAGGCGGAAGCUUCACUCCUGUCCGGACUGUGGGAAAUCUUUCCUCGCCGCUUUACAUCUCAUCAUCCACCAGCGAAUUCAUACCGGAGAGAAACCCUAUAAAUGCUUAGAGUGCGGGAAAACCUUCAGCCAGAACGCUCACCUCAAGGUGCACCAGAAAAUCCACAAAAAGGGCAAGCGGUUUCAGUGCGCUGACUGCGGCGAAAGCUUCCACUCCAGGCUGAACCUCAGCCAGCAUCAAACCCUCCACUCCGCCCAAAACCCUUAUAAGUGCACCGAGUGCGAGAAGUCCUUCCGCCUCAACUCUCACCUGAUGGCGCACAAGCGGAAUCACGCCGCCAAAAAACCACACAAGUGCUCCUACUGCGGGAAAGCUUUCUUUACCAAAUCCUACUUCAUCAUCCACCAGAGGAUCCACACCGGGGAGAGGCCAUUCAAGUGCUUGACGUGCGGGAAAGGCUUCAGCCAAAGCUCCCACCUGAACGUCCACAAGCGCACCCACACCGGGGUGAAGCCCUUCCCGUGUGCUCACUGCGGGCAGAGUUUCAGCUCCAGCACCAACCUGCUGAAGCACCAGAGAAUCCACACGGGAGAAAACCUGUAUAUCUGCUCCGACUGUGGGAAAAGCUUCAAGGUACAUUCCCACCUGAUUGCCCAUAAGCGAAUGCACGCGGCCAAGAAGCCCCACAAGUGCUCCUAUUGCGGGAAGUCUUUCUUCGCCAAGUCCUACCUCAUCAUCCACCAGAGGAUCCACACCGGGGAGAGGCCCUACAAAUGCUUGGCUUGCGGCAAGAGCUUCACGCAGAGCUCCAACCUGACGGUGCACGAGCGCACCCAUGCGGGCAAGAACCCGUUCCAGUGCUCGGACUGCGGGAAGAGCUUCAAGGUGAGCUCGCACCUGCUCGCCCACAAGAAAAUCCACGAAACGAAGAAGCCCCACAAGUGCUCCUACUGCAACAAGUCCUUCGUUUUCAAGUCCUACCUGAUCAUCCACGAGCGGAUGCACACGGGCGAGCGGCCGUUCAAGUGCCUGGCCUGCGGGAAAAGCUUCAGUCAGAGUUCCCACCUUAACGUCCACAAAAGGACGCACUUGGGGAAGAAGCCCUACCAGUGUUCCGAAUGCGGGAAAAGUUUCCGCGUGAGUUCCCAACUCUUGGCCCACAAAACCAUUCACACGGCCAAAAAGGCCUAUGUCGACCCGACCAGCAACACCAACAGCAACACCAACAGCAGUAACAACAACGGCAAUAGCAAUAAAUGCCUGGAUUGCGGGAAAACCUUCAUUUCCAAGUCCUACCUGAUCAUCCAUCAGAGGAUCCACACCGGCGAGAGACCCUACAAAUGCCUGGUGUGCGGGAAAUGUUUCAGCCAAAGCUCGCACCUGACCGUCCAUCAGAAGACCCACCGCCGGGUGAAGAUGUUCCCGUGCUCCGAGUGCGAGGAGAGCUUCAAUUCCCACAUGAAGCUGUUGAAGCAUCAGAGGAUCCACAUGAAAGGGAAUCCCUUCCAGUGCCUGGAUUGCGGGAAAUCCUUUGUCACCAAAUCGCAACUCAUCAUCCAUCAGAGAAGCCACACGGGGGAGCGGCCGUACAAGUGCUUGGACUGCGGGAAAGGGUUCAGCCAGAGCUCCAACCUUAUCCGGCAUCAGCGGAUUCACUCGGGGGAAAACCCCUAUAAAUGUUCGGACUGCGGGAAAAGCUUCUGUUCGCACGAGAAUCUGGUUAAACACCAGAGAAUCCACACUUAAAAUCCUGAACGAGCUGUUGAUAAAAGAGACUUACGGGCCGGUGUUUCUCAACCUUAGGGACUUUAAGAUGCGUGGAUUUCAACUCCCAGAAUUCCCCAGCCAGCUUUGCUUCUGAAUGUGGAAUUCUGGGAGUUGAUGUCCGUGCAUCUUAAAAGUCAUCAAAGUUGAGAAACCCUAUUAUGGAUCAUUAGCCAAGUGUCGACUAGAAAAACCCUACAGUGAGAAAAUGCCAUUUUGCUGUCACAACAUGAUAGUUUGCCGCUCAUCAGAGCAUCGGGAUGUAUCGUGUGAAAGCAGAGAAAAGGAAAAAAAUCUCCCGGGAGGGGAGUUUCUCCCGUGUAUUUGGAAGCCUUCACUCAGAAUUUGAACUCAGUACUGUUUCUAAACUGAGGAGGGAAGAGGGUUCAGAGAGUGUUAAUCUGCAUCCAUCAGCCAGCUUCAGAGGGAUUCUUAAGGACCACCAGCCAAGCUGUUUCUUGGCAAAGGCUUCCCGUUCACGUCCGUUCAGUAGUCACUGCAGAUGGGUUUCUUUUAAUUAGACUUAAUUCUCCCAUCUUUUCUUCAGGCCUUACAAAGGGAUCCCUCCUUCUAUCUUAUCUGCACAAUUGAUGACUCUGCCAGGAGCGAAUCCAGAGAUCCCUCGAGGGCCUUCCAAAUCUAAGGAUAGACCUGAAGCUGGAGCUCCAUCGUCCUGCUCCGCUCCGGGAUCACCACCGUUGCACUGAUCUGGGAAUCUCUUCUGCUAGCUAGAAAUUAUCGUUAAUGUUUGUUUACCUUAAAGAAAGGCAACCCAGCUUUCUCCAUAUGGAUUAAUAUCUCCGUAUGUACAAAGAUGGUGGGUGGUAGUUUAAAGCAUGUCAAAGAUGGUGGGGGUGGGUGGGUUGGAGCCUAGCCUUGAUUCCUUCUGACUAGCAUCACUCUCUGGGUCAGGGGUCUCAAACUCCAUUUCAUUGAGGGCCACAUCAGGGUUGUGUUUGACCUCGGGGCAAGGUGGGCAUGGCCAGCUCAACUUCACUCCUGUGACCAAGUGCUAAGGCAGGACUUCCCUCAAACCCUCAUUAUAGUCCUUCCUUCCUUCCCUUCUUUUUCCUUCCCUCUUCAUUCUUUCUUCCUCAUUCCCCUCUUUCCUUCUUUUGCCUUCCCUCUUCAUUCUUUCUUCAUUCCCCUCUUUCCUUCUUUUGCUUUCCCUCUUCAUUCUUUCUUCCUCCU